GGAAAGUACUACUUACUCUUUACUCACUGCCCGCAAUCAAAUGGCAGACGAGGCUAAGGCUCCCAGUUCUAAUGCUACCAAGCCCAGGAAGCGGUUUAUCGGUAGCAAAUCUGCAAAGCCAUCCAAGCCGGGCGUAACGCCUAUUGUCGCGAACCAAAUACCCCAGGACAUCUUGAACGAUGCUCAGCUGAAUGCAGCAAUCAAGCAGCUGCCGUCUAACUACUCGUUCGAGAUCCACAAGACAGUACAUCAUAUACGGAAGAACAAUGCUAAAAUGGUCGCAUUGCAGAUGCCUGAGGGCCUGCAGAUGUUCGCGUGCACGAUAGCGGACAUUAUCGAACGAUUCACGAAUGCGCUAACUGUGAUCAUGGGUGACGUCACGUAUGGUGCGUGCUGCGUCGAUGACUACACAGCAGUCGCCUUGGGAUGCGAUAUGCUCGUGCACUAUGGACAUAGCUGUCUGGUCCCGAUUGACCAGACGACCAUCAAGACUUUAUACGUCUUCGUUGAAAUCGCCAUCGACUUAUCUCAUCUUGUCCAAACAAUUCGUCUUAACUUCCCAAAUGACCGCAGACGCUUUCAUGAGGCGCUGUUGGACUCAGACGAAACAGAUAGUCAGAUACCUGCUGGUCGCCCCUUGACUGCCGGUCACUACUUGCGCAUUGAGGGGCCAUCUCCCGCGAAGUUGUCCGAUGAGAAGGUACUGACCACAGCGACGCACCAGACACAAGAGCUUCCAUACGAGCUGACCCGUCUGGCACUGGUGUCGACCAUACAGUUUGUGGCUGCACUAUCACGACUGAAAGAUGACUUGACCACAGAGGUCCCCGAUUACGAACCGCUGCGUCGACCCGCAGGGAUGAUUGAGGGACUUGAGGCGGGAAGCGACGAGAGUUCUGUCGGUCAGCCAAGGCUAUGGACAGGAAGGUACGACGCCACCAUUCCCCGAUCAAAGCCUCUUUCGCCAGGCGAGAUCCUCGGAUGCACGGCCCCGACGCUCGGCGAUGUCGACGCAUUAAUCUAUCUUGGUGAUGGGCGCUUUCACCUUGAGUCCAUCAUGAUUGCCAACCCCACCGUACCGGCGUUCAGAUACGAUCCUUACUCGAAGAAGCUUACUCGGGAACGAUACAAUCAAACGGAGAUGCGCACCGUACGCGACGAGGCCGUUCGAGCCGCUCGCAGAAGCAUCGAUGUACUCGCUUCGUCUCCUAAAACAAAUGGCGGCACAAGUUUUGUCAUCCCUGCAAAGGAGCCUCCGCUCUGGGGUGUCGUGCUGGGUACGCUCGGCCGCCAAGGUAGCUUCAAGCAGUUGCAGGCGAUCACACAUCAACUCAGCACAUCCCGCACAUCUAUUCCAUAUAUGCCGAUCCUCCUCUCCGAGCUUUCACCUGCCAAGCUUGCCCUCUUCAAUCCGCAUAUCUCAGCCUUCGUGCAGACAUCGUGUCCACGGUUGUCCAUCGAUUGGGGAUAUGCCUUCGAUCGGCCACUGCUGACGCCGUACGAAACAGCAGUGGCUGUCGGAAAGGCAGUGGGUUGGAUGGACGGACCUUCGGGAGAUGAGGCGGUCAGGCGGGAUGGAAAGGGAGGGGGUUAUCCUAUGGACUUCUAUGCAGCAGGAAGUCCGUGGGCUGCAGCGAGAACGAAGGCGACAUACUAGCUCAGCAUGUAAAAAGCGAUGGCUUUAAGGCGAGGUUAUAUUCGCCACCCGCAUGUCAUCGCUGUAAUGCUAUAAUGCUACAUGAUUGCAAGAAUAUCGAUAAACUACAUUUG